GCUUCAGGAGGUGCGCUCCUCACAGGCUUCCUCUUACGCUCCUCAGAGAACGAGCGCAGAUCAGAUGAGGGAAUUUUUCUCCUGCUUUUCUUGUCGAUAGUGAGGAUGCUGCUGCGUGGCAAGUUUACAGACACCCGUGGGCUUCCUGUUCUUCCCUCGCUCCUCCACAGCCCACCAAAAGCUGGGAUGAUCUUGACGCGCCCUCUGUGAUCUGUUUCAGUCGCAGAAAUGUUGUCUGGAAGCUUUUUCUAGAUCAGAAUUAACAUCUUCUGUGGAUCCUCUCAUUUGGAUGUGUGUGGGUUUUUUUUCUCGUUUAUGGUGAUGUAGCCUAAAUCACCAGAAGAAUUUGGGGAUUUGGGAUUUUCUGGAUCAUAAAAACCUGCCAGGACGCACCUGGGAGUCAGCUUCGGGGAGGACCCGGGACGCUGGAGAAAGACUUUUGACUGGAAAAAUAAAAGUCUAGACAAUGCUCCACUGUACCAGCUGUGAAAAACCUAUUCUUGAUAGGUUCUUACUUAAAGUUCUGGACAGACCCUGGCACGUCAAAUGCGUCCAGUGCUGCGAGUGCAAAUGCAGUUUGACGGAGAAGUGUUUUUCCCGGGAUGGGAGACUUUAUUGUAAGAAUGAUUUCUUUAGGAGAUUUGGGACCAAGUGUGGAGGAUGCUCGCAGGGGAUUUUACCCAGUGAUCUUGUCCGCAGAGCCAAAAGCAAAGUGUUCCACCUGAACUGUUUCACCUGUGUGAUGUGUAACAAACAGCUGUCCACCGGAGAGGAGCUGUACAUCCUGGAUGAAUUCAAGUUUGUUUGCAAAGAGGAUUAUCAGAACUCCAACGGGAAAGACACAAUCCUUCUUUCAGUGACGACAUGCAGCGAGCCCAGUUUGUCCCCGGACUCCCAGGACCCGCAGGAUGACGGGAAGGACUCGGAGAGCGGCCACCUGUCCGACAAAGACGCAUGCGGCAACGACAACGACGAACAGAGCGCGGUCGGAAAGCGACGCGGGCCGCGGACCACCAUCAAAGCCAAGCAGCUGGAGACCCUGAAAGCGGCUUUUGCGGCCACACCGAAACCCACCAGACACAUCAGGGAGCAGCUUUCACGAGAGACCGGCCUCAACAUGAGAGUGAUCCAGGUUUGGUUCCAAAAUCGGAGGUCCAAAGAAAGACGGAUGAAGCAGCUGAGCGCUCUGAGCGCACGGAGACACGUGUUUUUCCGAAGCCCGAGGAGGAUGAGAGCCAUGGGAGAAAGACUGGAGCCAGGAGAGCUUGGCCACUUCUCAUACUAUGCUGAUUAUCCUGGUGAAUACUACGGCCCAGGAGGGAAUUAUGAAUACUUCCAAGGCCCACCAUCAUCCCAGGCUCAGACUCCUGCAGAUCUGGGCUUUGUGCCCUCAACAGUCCCAGCCGGCACCCCAUUAGGAGGCACCAUGGACCACCACCAUCACCACACGGGGCAUCCGUGCGCUGGAGAGGCACAGUGCUUUCCUGACCCAGCGUCCCACCAUUCCGCAAACUCACCCAGCCCAGAGCCCAGUGGACCAGGCUCCAUUCACAGCAUCUCCAGCGAAAUGUGUGGCCCCAGCACUCCUUUCACCACAGUGUCACUGAGCGACAACGGAUACACAGCCCAGCUAUCACAACCCUCCUCAGAGAUGAGCGAAGGCACUGCCUGGUAACCCUUUCAACAAACUGCAAAGCAAGCCCUGGAUUUAUUUGUUUAUUUAUUUGUUUGUUUGUUUAUUUGUUCGUUUAUUUAUUUAUUUAUAUAUUUAUUUAUUUAGUUAGUUAAUUCUUUAUUUAUUGUGAGAUUGACGUGCUGAGCUGGCCUGCUCAUGGUAACUUUGAAAUGAUUGUAAUGAUUGGUGUGAAUUUGAGUCUGUGUUAUUUACAGCUUUGAUCAAGCAAUAAACCCACUUUUAUAGGCAGCAAAAAGUUUUGCCCACUGUUUACAAAAAAAUGCUCCAAGUCGUCGGAGUGAUACGAAAGUGUCCCCUACUCCUGUCUGUGCUCGGAUCCCCUUCAUGGCACCACCCUACAGCCUGACUUUCCACUAGUCAGAGACUCAAUAUGAUCCCUGAGACAAAGAAGAACAAGCUCAAAGAGAGAAGAUCCUUAAACUAUUUCAAAUAAGGAGUGGCAUUUUAGGAAGCCUAACUCUGUUCUACAGUUGUAUAUAAUCAAACAAAUCCCAAACAGUCUUAUUUAUUGUAUUUUUGUUUAUUCGUUCAUUUCCAGCCAAAGAAUGGGCACAACAAAGGUGCAUUUCUUUUCAUCAAGGUGACUGAUGUACAAAAAUAGCAUUAUGUCAGAGCCAUUUCAUUUGCAGUGCUUACAUGUCUUUGCACUAUACAUGAUCUGAUUGUUUUUGAUCAAAAAUGAUAUUAAAGCGCAGUGUUGUAUUUUUCUUGUUAUUGUUUGGCAGAAUUUAGUCACUGGUGGCAAAUUAUUACCGUAAUGCUCAACAUCAGAAGCCUCUCAGGACCAGGAAAAUAAUUUUGUAUGUCCCCUUCCUUUCAGAAAAAUGUCUUUGUAAUAUCUGGUAAUUUUAUAUUGAUGGAUAUGGAAAAAAAUCUACUGGAGUCCAACUAAAUGCAUUCUAAGGACCAGUGAGCAGAAUCGUUUACUAUAAAAGCCUCUCUUGUUCUGGAGUCAGUUGUGUUUUUAAUGGACAAAGUAUUCAGACUAAGCAAAUUUUUUUUUACUGUACAAUUGAUGUACUGUGCUAGUUUGUAUUAGGUAUUCGUUAAAAAGCAGGAGAGUAAUAAAUAUGUUUUUACCAAAUUAAAAGCACAAUUCAAACCUGCACUUUUAGCUGUGUGACACAAUGAGCAAUCCGGUCUUCUGUUUCCCUCAAACACUUCAAGUCUUUUUUUUUUAAAUCUUUUUAAUCUAAAUGUAAAACUUUACAAUUUAUCAUAUUUUAUUUAAGACCAAACAUAGUUUUUUUCUCCAUGCAUUGUAUCAGAUUUUUGCAAUCAAGAUUCUAAUAUUAAAACAACCAAACAAACAAAAAACCUGAGUGUUUUAUUUUUGAGAGAGAAAUAUGGGUAUUUGCAGUUAUUAUUUCAAUAAUUAUAAAAAUUGCUAAGUCUUUUUAUUUUAAUGUAUUAAUUUCUAUUAAAAACAUAAAUAUUAAUUUUACUUCCUCAGAGGAUGUUUUUAGGAUGCUUUUUUUUUAUAACAAAUUGUUCAUAAAAACAGUCAUCUUCAAAACAUUUGAUUAAAAAAAGCUUCUUUUUCGACAUUGAGCUUUGUAUUUUCAUCUUUUAUUUUAGAUAAGUUAGAUAGUACCUAUUAUUUUCCUGAAUAUUACAUUUAAAUGUCUUUUUAAACUCACUAAUUUAUUAUAAUAACCACACUUGUUAUAUUGGGUUGUAUCAAGAAUAGAUGGAAUUUAGGAGCUCAUAGACGUUUGAUGGGACAAAAUUGAAAUAAAAAAUGACCAUUUACCAAA